ACAAGUCACACACAUGCACACACGUAUAGGCCUGUGUAUAUUUCUAAUAGCUCAGCUGAAACAGUUUGGUGUAAACGAUAUAAAUUAAAUAGAAUUACUAAAAGUUGUUGAAAACUGCGCAAAGAAAGCACUGCGUACCUGGCACAUACCAAGAAAUUUGUUUUCCUUUCUGUGCACCUAACGAAAGAGGCUAAACGCUCGACAUGGCAGCCCCGGUCAUUGUUGAGGCCACGGCCAAGCAGACGGCGACGCUCAUAUUCAUGCAUGGCCUGGGCGACACCGGACAUGGCUGGAGCAGCGCCUUGGCCGCUGUGCGUCCGCCAUUCAUGAAGGUGAUCUGUCCAACGGCGCCGACACAGCCCGUUUCGCUGAAUGCCGGAUUUCGUAUGCCCUCGUGGUUCGAUCUGAAGACACUGGACAUUGGCGGGCCCGAGGAUGAGCCAGGUAUACGCUCUGCACGAGACAAUAUACACGGCAUGAUAAACAAGGAGCUGAGCGCCGGCAUACCGGCCAAUCGCAUUGUCCUUGGCGGCUUCUCACAGGGCGGCGCACUGGCUCUCUACUCGGCAUUGACCUUUGAACAGCCACUGGCCGGCGUUGUUGCGCUAUCGUGCUGGCUGCCACUGCACAAGCAGUUCCCCAGUGCCAAGAUUAGCAGCGAUGAGGUGCCUAUAUUCCAAGCACACGGCGACUAUGAUCCUGUGGUGCCUUACAAAUUUGGACAGCUCAGCGCCAGUCUGCUCAAGUCGUUCAUGAAGAAUGUCACCUUCAAGACAUAUAGCGGACUCUCGCACUCGUCCUCCGACGAAGAAAUGAAUGAUGUCAAGAAUUUCCUUACUCUCUGUCUGCUCUUAUCUCUUACAGGACAUAAUCAGUAAAUGGGUAAACUAAUUUCCAUUAAGCACUUUAGCACUUUUAGCGCGCCUUCGUCUCGUGCAUUCCACAUUUGCGCAACAGCAAGAAAAUAUAAAUACAAUAAUAACAAUUAACGAAAAAUACACUAAAAUCGGGAAAAUACAAUUAUUUAAACACGAAUAAAAAUAAAAAUCACAGUAAGCAAGCUUCAACUGGACACAAACAAAACACAACUUAGCAGCGGCGACUUUAAAGAAGUCGAAUUAAAAGUUGAUCUUAGUCAAAUUGAGGAAAGUUAGACAAGCAAUCAAUUAAAUAUACUACGCAAUACCACGUAUAAUCCAACCCAAUAAUAGAGCGUGAUGCUAAUGCAGGUUGUGUUGAGCGAGUUUGUCGCGACUCUCGUUGAUAAAGACACAAUUGAAAGCUAGCUACUUUCAGUACACACAAAUUAUGUGCUUAUUUUUUCGUUCAGUUUAUUAAAAAAAAAAAAAAAACAAAACAAAUUAAAAACUACCAAUAAAGCUAAUUAAUACAUUAAAGAAAUAUUAA